AUGACAGAGAAAAGUGCUCGAAAUCCCACCCCCGGCUCCUUUCCGCAUACCGGGUCAGCCCUGGCUGCGCCGCGGCCGGGGAGCGGCCACAGCCGGUGCGGGGACAGCGCGGAGCCGGGGCCGGACCGGGGGGUGCGGGGAGUGCGGGGCCGCUCGGAGCCGGGGGGUGUCCGGGGGGCGGGGGGGGGGGGGGGGGGAGGCGGGGGCCGUCCCGUCGGUUUCCGCGGGCGGGGGCGUAGGGCCGGGGGGAGCGGCCGGGGGAGCUCGGCGGCCGCCGUCUUACGACAGAUCCUGGAAAGAGGAUCAAGGUGGGGCCCGCCCCGCCGCGCACCGCCGGCAACCGACGGGGCGGCCCGGGCUCGGCCGCUGGGAGCACGGCGGAGAGCUGCAGGCGGCGAGGCCCGGAGCGGCGAGCUCCAUCCAGCGCGGCACACCCGGAUCCUCGCGUUGCCCCAGGGCCACAUCACCCCACUCCAGGGCACUGCGCAGACCCGCAGACACCGCACCCGCAGCUCCAAGGGGCAGUGCGGGGCCCCGCAAAGAAACGUCGCCUCUCCCCGGGCCCAGGUUCCGGGACCCCCCCGGCACAGCUGUAACGUCGCGAACGCCCACGCCUGCAGAAUAAAAACCGAUCCAGAGCCGCCUCGUCUCCCCGAGCCUCUGUGGCAGCGCCCGUCGGUGGGACAGCUGAGGUGGGGCACACGGGGACGGCGCGCAUCCAUUCCCCGGGGCAGAUCCGUUCGUGAAACCGCAAUUGAGAGCCCGUGUUCGCAGACGGGGCGGGCACAGCCGGACCCCGAGACACACUCCUCGGCCACAGCCGGGCCCUGGGCAGGGGGAGUCGCCACCUCGAGCCCCGCCCGAGCCCAUGGGCCCUUUCCCAAGUCGGGGGGAGAAGGGUCCCCUCACCAUCCCGCUUACAGUGCCUCCUGUCCGUGGGCACUGCUUCCUUCGGGGCUCCGUGUGCGGCCCCGACGGCGCUCCCCGGGCCGGGCGGCAUCAGCCGGGCUCCUCCGGGGAACCACUCCGGGGAUCAGCUCCGAGGAAGGGGCCCGGCCCAGCCGCCCCCGCGCCGCGGCCCCGCUCCCUCUUCCCUUUCAUCUCUGCCCAUCUCCACUCAUCAUCUCUUUUCUAUUUUUAGCCGGUAGACUUAGGCCUUGGCGCCAGGCCGUUUAAGACCUGUCAAAGUCCUUCAUAUUUCCCUCAUGUCACAUGGACCUUUCGCUCCCUUCCCCGCGCCAUGCGAGGGCCGUAAUUUGGAUCUGUGAGCUGGUGAGCAAAUGCAAUUUGCUCUUCUCCAUCGCUGCGUUGUCUCCGUGACCCCAGCCAGCAGGACGGCUGGUGUCCUGUCCGGGGCACUUACACAAAUUGCGGCUGAUUGAUGAAAAAUAACAAUUCUCCGAGCAGUCGGGCCUCCGUCUUCCCCUCCUCCCGGCUCCUCCGGGCUGAGGCGGCUCCGCGCCCCGGGGCGCUCCUCUCGACGGUGCGGGGCCGCCCCACGAACCGCCGCCGGCCGCCUCUGGAGUGACUCUCGGAUUGAGCCAAAAAGGGGUUUUCUUCUCGUGCUGGAAGCGAGCCGUCGGGGCCCGCUUCUCGGCAGAGAUGAAGGGCGUUGUACGCCUGGGCCCCGACGGAGCCGGGCAGCAGCGGCCGUUGUGCACCUUCCAGAGGUGGGAAAAGGCCGGGCCGCGAAAGAGCCGGGUCCGCUGCGGGGGGUUCCUCAGCCCGGUGGGGCCGCCGAGGGCCGGGCUGAGCGGCUGUCCAUCACCGGACGUGGGGCACCAGAGUCCUCUGCACGUGCAGUGCACAGCAAUCCCGCAGGUGUGGGCUGGGAGCUCGUGGAAAUAACCCUUCGCCCUCGGAGGAGCGGCCCCGAAGCUCUCUGCCACUUUUCUCCCUCUCCACCUGGAGAAGAGACACGGGGGAACGUCCCCGCCCCGCGCUGAGGUGCCCGUCGAGGGGCGGCGGCUGCCCCACAGGUGGGGCGGGGAGAGACCCGAUGAUCGCCCCGUCCCGGCCCCCGUGGGAUGCGCCUUUAUGGACAGCGAUGCCCGGCCCCGGCCACACCACCUCUUCCCGCUGUGCGCCCCGUCCGUGCGGAGGGAACCCCGGCACCCCCUGAGCCCCCCCACCCUCAGCCUGUUUAGAUUUCUCUCCGAAUGUUUCCCGUAAUCCAGAUUUCUGGAAAAUAACCACACGCGGGCAGACGCGGCCACGAACGCCGCUGAAGUUUAUCCGGAAUUUGACCAACGUAUAAACACAUUUCCAGCCCGUUCGGCGGGGCGGGCGCUGGGUGACCCCUGCCCGGCACCGGGGCUGCACCGCGCUCCGCCCUCGUUACCUCCGCGCCGCUUUGAUCCGGAGCCCUCCGAGCUCCGCCGCUUGAUUGAGUUUUUGUAAUUAAGGAGCGCAGGGAGAGGGAGGGGGGGGCGGCCGUAACCCCGCACACCCCGGGGCUGCGCACGUCGGGGCGCGGCGCCUCGGCCGCUCCGAGCCCGUUCCCUUAAAAGGCGACGGGAGCCCCGCGCAGCGCCGGGGGGGGACGGGGGGGGACGCGGCGUGAAACCCGAGCGGCACUGCGGGGGGCGGGCGGCGGCGCGGGGCGGGGCGGGGGGAGGUGGGGAGGAUCAUGCAAAUCCCUCUGUUUAAAAAACUUCCAUUUGAGAAAGUGUGUCACAUCCCGGCGCGGGCGUGUAAUCCCCGGGCUAAUGGUAUUACCGCCGCCUCAUCGGCGUAAUGGGAUGGGGCCGGGGGCGACCAUCCCCCGGACCCUCCGCCACGCGUGACCGCAGCCCCAUAGCGCCCGCCCCGUCGGGGCCCCGCUGCCCCACCUCUCCCCCUCCCCGCUCCCCGUCCUCCCUCCCAGGCCCCGCGGUGUCUGUAGGAGAGCGGAGCCCCCGUUUUUGCCGGGGGUUCCCGGACCAAAACCGACCCCGGGAGGGGAGAGCAGGAGCUGCGCCUCGUGGUCGGUUCAUCUCUUAAAUAAAAGAGAUUAGCGAGCACCGUUAUUUGAUAAAAUAAUGCUGUUAUGGCCACCACCCCCUUCCCCUGUGGGAUUAAAAGUGAGGAUUUGAGGCUGUCCAACAGUCUGACCUGGAUCGCUGCGGGAACAGCCCCCGGGAUGGGCUGUUAGCAACCAAAAAACCCACGGAACUGGGAGAUGUGGGCAAAGGGGCAGCUCUGCCCAUCAGAUGAGACCUGAGGAUGGGCAGCGGUGGGCAAAAGGAGAACCACGACACCCCCAGCAGCAGAGCUGGCCCUGGCCCCGGCCCCUCUGCAGGGCACGGACCCUUCAAACCCCAAAAUGUUUAGGGUAGGAGUUGCAGCACCUGAGUUCAGCGCUCCUGGGCUCACACCUUGGGCCCUCAUGCUUCGAACGAGAUUUGGGAAUGUAAUCUGGGAUGGAGAUGAACCGGGAGCCGGCACCGCUGCUCUCAUACCACGUUCGUGUUUGUUUGUUUUCUUUUGCUCUCCAUCAGCAUUAGGGCUGCAGAACAGCACUGCCCCGGGUCUGCAGGAGAGCGCUGAGAAAACAAAGGCAGCCCAAACAAAUCACCGCUGCCCGCAGCAGUGACAGCGCGCAGUGCUGCACCUGUCCUCACGCUGCUCUCAGUCGCUGGGACCCAACGCCGCGUGGACAGCCGUCCAUCAUUGCUCUGAUUCACAUCUCCAGAGAGCAGCGCUGCCCUGAGCCGCUCUGCAUUUCCCCUCCAUGCUGAAACCCUUUCCUCGGUCCGUCUGUCCUUCCCACUUGCCAUCUGUCUCCCAUCCUUCGAAUAUCACCUUAAAAACAGUCCCUCCACCCUCACAUCGGGGUCCCCCACUCACUCACUGUGCCCUCCCACACGUGGGCUGUGUGUGCUGGCACCGUCCGGGCACCGGGAUGUGUUUGGCAUCGGCCCCAUCUUACGGCCCUAUAAUAAUAUUGUAAAUCCUCACCGGAAAGUAAUUACACCCCAUAAAAGGAGCAGCAGUCUGUGGUCGGAGCCAGGGCCGCUCUGUGACACCCAUUUUAAAGAGAUGUUUCGUGCCUUAUUUAUAGAUUAGAUUUUAACCUGACAACCUUUUAACAUUGUAUUAAAUCAGAAAUUAACUCCGUC